AUGUUACGACGGAUUAUCCGUCCCGCACGACGACUGCCACUCUGGCUGAUACUUACUGUCGCUGGACCUUUUAUUUUCGAGGUUGUCGUACACCAAUGGCAAUAUAGCGUGCCACGACCUGCGAGCGAGCUUGAUGCACCGUUUUUCACCUCGUGCCAGGAGCCCGACGUCAGCGCAAAACGAGAAAAUGCGGCUUUGGUAAUGCUUGCACGGAAUAAUGAACUGGAGAAAGCCAACAGGACAGUUACCUCGAUAGAACAGCAAUUCAACAGGUGGUUCGACUAUCCAUACGUAUUCCUAAACGAUGAGAAAUGGGAUCCCAACUUCAUAGAGGUUCUAAAUAAAACGGCCCGAGGACUAGCCACCUUUGAUGUUAUACCCCAGGCGCAAUGGACGUUUCCAGAGGGUGUAGAUAUAGAUGCAGCAAAGCAAAAUAUUAAGGAGCAAGGAGAAAGGGGUAUCCCACAUGCUGGGGAAGAAGGGUACCACCAUAUGUGUCGCUUUUAUUCGGGCAAAUUUUAUCAGCUCGAUGUGCUAAAGAAGUACAAAUGGUACUGGCGACUCGAACCUGACGUCGACUUUACCUGCGCGAUCACGUACGAUCCCUUUGUACAUAUGGCACGACAUAAGAAGGUCUACGGGUUUACGAUUGCGUUAUGGGAAGUGGGAAAGUCAUGCCCGGGUUUAUACCGCUCGAUCGCCGACUGGAAGGAGAUGAUGGGCAUUCCCACGAGCAGCCUCUGGAAGGCUACGGUAUCAGCUUCAUGGAUGCCGUACCCAUUCCGGCGAUUCAUGAGCUGGUUGCCGAAUCGCGAUGCGUACGGCGAUGCGUGGAGUCUGUGCCACUACUGGAGCAACUUCGAGAUUGCCGAUAUGGAUUUCUUCCGAACAAGGGCGUACCAAGACCUCUUCGACUACUUAGAUAAGAAGGGAGGAUUUUACUUUGAGCGGUGGGGCGACGCGGCAGUGCACUCUCUUGCCAUAGCGAUGCUUGCAGACCCGCGAAAGGUACACCAUUUCGAGGAUUUCGGAUAUCGACAUGCUCUCCUAUACCAAUGUCCGGCCAACGCGCCAGGCGGACAACUCCCAGAGUCACAGCUACUCGGGAGCGGAACGUGGGCGGCGGAGGAGGAUAACGGCAUUGGGUGCCGUUGCGAAUGUCCCGGGCCGUCACCAAGGAAUUAUGGCUCGUAUUGCCUGAAUAAGCUAAAGCAGCCUACCACCAUAAAACGGCCGUGGUUCGCGUCGUUUCUAUAG